AGACAAAAAUGAGAUUCGGUAUUUUGGUUUAAAUAAACGAAACUAGGUAUAACGUAGUUUUUGGAAAUAUAUUUUUCGCUUAUUUUAAACCUUUGUAUAAAAAUAAAACGUUUUUUUCCUUUUACCCAUACGCUAAUCUUGCAUAUGUUUAUUAGCGUCUUAGAGCCUCGUAAUUUACUAGUUUUUCACAUAAAUUACAAUUACGAAAUUUGUAAAUUUUUUGUAAAUAUAUAUUUGUAAUUUUUCACACGGAAUUUUAAUUUUUUACAAAGUGAUAUGCUUGCUGUUUAUUAUCUUUUUUAACAUAUUCCAACUUUUAUAUAAACCGUUUUUUCAGAGAUACUGUCUGCACUUAUAGGUUGCACAUCCAUUUUUUACCAUCUCCAACAAACAUAUAUUUUAUAAAAUGUCUAAUGAAAAUUCUCCAACCUCUGCUCAACCAGUCGAUGUUUCAAAACUACAAGAUGGGGGUGUCACUAAGAUCAUACUGAAAGAGGGCGUUGGUGAAAAUCAGCCAACCAAUGGAAGCAAAGUAACGGUUCACUACACAGGGAAGUUACUUGACGGAACAGUGUUCGAUUCAUCGCAUAAUCAUGGGCAGAAAUUUACUUUCAAUCUUGGAAAAGGUGAGGUUAUUAAGGCAUGGGAUUGUGGAGUUGCUUCCAUGAAACGUGGAGAAGUUUGUGAGUUGACAUGCAAACCUGAGUAUGCUUAUGGUUCAAGUGGGAGCCCACCAAAAAUCCCCCCGAAUUCAACGUUAAUUUUUGAAGUUGAACUCUUCGAUUGGGAGGGUGAAGAUCUCACAAGCGAUAAAGGAGUAAUCCGUGAAGUAUUAAAAACUGGUGACGAGGAUUAUAUGACCCCUAAUGAUGGGGCUCUGGUGGAGGUUUUAAUAUUAGGAAAAUAUAACGAUACAGUGUUUGACAACAGAACUGCCAAGUAUAAUGUUGGGGAGGGUGAUGAUUUGACCCCCCCUGCUGUUGACAUUGCUGUUAAAAAAAUGAAGAAAAACGAGCAUUGCCGCAUUACGGUUGCCCCGCAGUAUGGGUUUGGGGCCGAGGGGUGCAGUGCGCUCUCCGUGCCCCCCUACGCGCACCUCGUGUACGAGCUGACAUUGCUCAGUUUUGAGAAAUCUAAAGAGGCUUGGGAAUGUACAGGAGAGAGAUUGGAACAAAGUGAGAUAGCGAAAGAAAAAGGAACAAGUUUCGUAAAACAACAAAACUACAAACGAGCGAUUACUCAAUACAAAAAGAUUUCCACCCUCCUCGAGCAUCAUGAUGCAAAGGAAGAUGGAUCAGAGGAGGACAAGGAGCUCAUUGGAAGAUGGAAGAAGAUGAAAUUGGCUGGGUAUCUCAACAUCGCUUUGUGUCAGAACAAAGAGAAAUUACAUCUCGACGCGAUACAUAGUUGUGAAGAGGCAAUAAAAUUGGACGUCAAUAACGAGAAAGCGUAUUAUCGAAUGGGCGAAGCUAUGUACGGACAACAUGACUAUAAUGACGCUAAAGCAAAGUUUGCAAAGGUGCUUGAAAUUAACCCAAACAACAAGUUGGCAAAGCAAUUUAUCCAACGAUGUGACAUCGAAAUUAAAAAAAUCAAACAAAAGGAAAUGAAAACUUUUCGUGGGAUGUUCGAUAAGUUUGCCCAAGAAGAUGAGAAACUUGAAAUUCAGCGCAAAGUUGAACUUCAGAAAGAAAAAGCUCGAGCAAAAGCUGCAAAAAAAUCGGCAAACGCGGCCGAAAAAACUGAAACUAAUGGAGACAAUCAUGAUGGAUCUGGGGAUGUCCCUGUUGCGGAACCAGAAGCUGCUACUGCAUAAUUUUCAAUCAUAAUUUGCAAAUCUCGUAAAAUUUGUAAAAACCUGUGCAUCUUGUCGUUGUUCAAAACUGUUGCUGUGAAAUAUACGUCCAAUUUUUUUAAAGUGA